GGUCAUACAGCUAUGGCUCACUUCAGCAAAGUCUUUUCUGCCUUGUAGGGUCAAACAGUGGGAAAUGAAGAGUGAGUGGUAGUGGACAAUGUGUGCAAUUGUGUUUUGAUGGUGCUGAGUAAAAUGAGCCUCAGGGUGUAAGGCUUCAGUCUAUUUUAGUGAGCCACUCAGAGGAGGCCAAAGAGGCCAUAAAAUUUGCCUGGGUUUUCUUGUGCACUGACAUUGUCACAUUGCCUUGGAGUGGUCUUUGGAGGAACAGGUAUGAACUACUGCACUAUUUGCCACCAUUAACUGUAAAACCAAUGCAUUUAAUUGAUCUAAAAAUUACCCAUGAGAUAUAACUGUUGACAUCAAAUUAAUGCAUAGCAUAGCUCAGAUAGUUUGAUGUUUAAAAGCUUUGAUGAGACAUUGUUGAGAUCUCUUCCGAAGCCAAAGGAUAUUAAAGGUCUCAAUCUGCACCUCAUUUAAUCUCACUGCUGUCAAGGAGAAACAACUGAGAUUUUCUUUUCUUUUUUUCUUGGGGGCUUUGUAAAUCUAGUUUAUCCAUCAAAAAAUGGAUUUUUGUGUGAUGUUGAGAACGGGUGCUAAAAAUGGGUGCAUGUCCUCCCAAAAUACUAAGUUAAUUUUAGUAAUACUAAUUGUGCUUAUCAGUCACCAAUCUUUAUAUUUCAGAUUUUGACUAGUGAUUUACACCAGAUUAGUCAUAAAAAGGAAGUACUUAGAAGCUCACAAUGUCUGAGUCGUAAGUAUUCAGUCUUUUAAAUUGUUAAUAUCUAUAUCUUGCUGUAAAUGUACAUGUUUAAAACAUGCCUAUGCUUUUAUUUCUUUUCAUAAACUGAAAAUCGCCAAUUUAGACAGGUACGUGGAUUUUAUUACUUUAACUUUUUGUACAUGGCAAAACAAUAGUUUUUUUUUUUUUUCAACAAAAUCCAAAUGUGCUUAAUUCUUGCAGCGACCCAAAUCUAAGAUUUCGGCAUCCAGGAGGUUGUUCUUAAAGACAAAGCUGCUGAAGAAGGCAACCUCUAUGCUUGUGACUGAAAAAGAAGAGAAGCAGAGGGACAGAGAGACCACCUUGCGUGAGAGAGUGCCACCUCUACAACUGUCUGGUCUGUCUGUUCAAGAGCUUCAGGCUCUCUGUAAAGACCUCCAUCAAAAGAUUGAUGUUGUAGAUGAAGAGAGGUAUGACAUCUCUGCCAAGGUGGCCAAAAAUGAAAAGGAGCUUGCAGAUUUGAACAUCAAGAUUACCGAGCUUAGAGGUAAAAUGAAGAGACCUGCACUUAAGAGGGUGAAGAUCUCCGCCGAUGCCAUGUUGGGUGCUCUUUUGGGCUCCAAGGUCAAAGAGUCUGUGGAUUUCAAAGCUAACCUCAAGACAGUCAAGAAAGAAGAGGAGAAGAAAGAAGAGGUGACUGACUGGCGUAAGAAUGUGGAGGCCAUGUCUGGAAUGGAAGGCAGGAAGAAGCUGUUCGAUGCAGGACAAUAGAAGAUACAUUUGAAAAAACUUUAUGGUGACAACUACACCAGAAUUAAUAAACUUCUUAAAAUGAAUGUAUAAAUCAAUGCAAGUUCAUAUAACACAUAUAUCCUAUUUUAAUAAUAGCUUAGGAUUAUGCUUUAAUGUUUUAUUUUAGUUAAGAAGAAACUGCAUAUAAGUUAUUUAGACAAGAAAACAGUGUCUCAAACUUCCUUGAUGUCUACUUGAUGGUUUCUAUGAUGUUGAGCCCAUUUUCUGUCUUAAAAAUAAAAGCACAUCAAAGCCUGUAACGAGGACUGAUGCUUAGGAAACUCUGGAAAUGUUUGGAUACAACAGCCCUAAAUGUAGCAGGACCUGAAGGCUCUGACCUUGCCAUGCACUUUUAUCUAUUUGACCUUACUUCAUAACAGACAUAACAAAACUGCUGUCUCCCAGGAAUACCUUCAGUUGUUCUAACAUCAAUCAACGGUAUUUGUAAAUUUGUGGAACUUAAAAAAAAAAAACAUGCACUUUAAAAGCUUUUCAAACUAAAUCACUAGCUAAUUUGUGUUAUUAAAAUAUCCCAAAAAACUCUUCAGUAGACCAAUUGAAAUCAUGCCAGUCCAAUUUCUGCAACGUCAGACCUUGAUAUGCUAAUCGACAAAAAUUGCCAUUUUUCCAAAUUUGCAGAUUAUUUCUCAUUGUUGCAAGUUAUAAACUUGUAAUUGCGAGUUUACUUCUUUGACCUUUUUUCAGAGAAUUCUGCGUUUACAUGUCGCAAUUCUGUUUUGUUUGUUUCCACCAUGGAAUAAAAAAAAUCGCAACUUUUUUUUCUCAGAUUCUUUCUCACUGUUGCAAGUUAUAAAAUUAUAAUUGCGAGUUUACAUCUUUUACAUCUGACCUUGUUUCUCAGAAAUCUGAAUUUGCAUUUAGCAAUUUUGACUUUUUUUCUGAGAAUUCUGCAUUUACGUCUCACAAUUCUGUUUUGUUUGUUUUCACCAUGGAAUAAAAAAUAG